GCGGUUUACUGUGUGGGCUGUACCAUUCUUUAAAAAAAAUAUAUCCAUAUUAACUUGCCAUGUCUUGUCAGACAAUGAUUUAAAAGCAUGAUAUUGACAUUGUAAAAAAAAAAAAAAAAAGUAAAUCAACUGUAUUACCAUCGAACAUUUUUUUCUGCAGUGAAUGGCGUCGGGUCGGUGAAAAGUGUAGGAGUCGAGAAACUUCACGAUAGUAAAUAACGACGUUACUGUAUUUCUGCCUUAGCUAAGAGAAACCCACACUACGACACUGUAAUUUUUCAUUCAAACAUGCCUCGGAAAAAGCCAUUCAGCACCAAACAGAAGAAGAAACAGAUGCAAGUGAAACGCGAAAGAAAGCGAGGUGAGCCAGGCUCAGGGCCCAGCAGCCGUAAUAACAGUGUGGAGCGGGGGAUGGACAGGGAGAGGCAGUCGGACACCUCAGAUAGCGAAACCACAGAUGUCAGGAGGAUAAACCAGCAGCCUGGCAUCAGGGAGGGCAGAUACGACCCCAAUAGGUUCCGUCUGCACUUUGAGAAGGAGAGCAGAGAGGAGGUGGAGAGGAGGAAGAAGCUUGCCAGAGAGAAGGUUCUGGACCAGAUGUUAGACAAAGACCUGGAGGUUGACAUCAACGACAUAUACCCCACAGAGAAAGGUCUUGAGUUCCCACGUCGACCUCCGUGGAACUAUGGGAUGAAUCGUGAGGAGCUGCUGAAGAAAGAAGAGAAGUCAUACCGGGAAUAUCUGAACGACCUGCACUCCAGAAACCCACCUGGAUCCCUCAGCCACUUUGAGCACAACCUGGAGACGUGGAGACAGUUGUGGAGAGUGUUGGAGAUGUCCGAUGUGAUUCUGCUCAUCGUGGACAUCAGGCACCCGGUGGGUAAUCUCUUUUAA